AUGUAUAAAUCACAAAUAGUUAAUUAUAAGCAAUACCUAAAUGUGAAAAGUGACCAUCUAAUUGAAGCAGUAGUAAAACAUGACAGGGGUAGAAAUAAAUAUUCAAUAAUCAAAGAAGCACAAGAAAUAAAAAUAGAGUUAAAUUUAACGCAUAAAGACACACACUCCAAAAAAGAGAUUAAAGAUGCAAUAUUGAAAAAGCAGAAUGAAUCAUGGCGAAACAAGCAGUUACAUGGACAAUUUCCCAAAAAAGUAUUAGACCAGGCAAAUGUUGAUCGGGAGCGUUCGUUUAGAUGGAUGAAAAAACAGCAGGUAUCUCCUAGUAUAGAGUCAUCAGUAUUUGCCAUUCAGGACCAAGCUAUUAUGACCAGACAACAUCAACGUGAUAUACUGAAAGAACCAGUGGACGGAAAAUGCCGCCUUUGUGCAAGUAAAGAUGAGACCACGCAGCACAUAAUUUCUGGAUGCGAAAAGUUGGCAGGGAACUAUUAUGUCAAGCGACAUAAUAACCUUGUCCAAUACGUCUACUGGUGUUUGGCCAAAAAACACAAAAUUGAAGUUUCUGACCUCUGGUGGAAAGAAGCGCUCACUCAACCACAAAUCAAAGAAAAUGAAUCCGCUAAAAUUUUAUGGGAAAUGCCCAUACAAACAGAUGUCACUGUGACGCAUAACAGACCUGAUAUAAUAUACAUCGACAAAAAGAAUAAUAAAACAUUUUUAAUUGAUAUAACAGUACCAUCUGAUUACAAUAUAGGGCCAAAAGAGAUUGAAAAGUUGAGUAAGUAUCAUUUAUUGAAAACUGAAGUCAGUGAAAUCAUAAUGGUAAUGUUUAUUAUAUUACUAGCUAUAUGUAUUGUUCUAGUGUUUAUAAAAAAAAAUAGAGAUUACUGGAAUAAGCGCGGCAUUAUGCAAAUUGACUCGAACGCCUGGCAUUUUAUGGUUGGCAAAUGUGCGUUAUCAGAAGUAUACAAAAAUAUAUACGACGCUCAUCCUACCCAGAAUUGUAUUGGGACAUUCGUUGGAUACAAGCCAGUUUUGAUUCUGAAAAAUCUGGACGACAUACAAGCGGUUUUACAAGGUGAUUUUCAAAGUUUUUACGGUCGUGGAUAUAAAACGAAUCCUAAGGACACUUUGGCGGAUAAUCUGCUUUUGAUAGAUGACUACGCCCGAUGGAGACUUGUGAGACAAAAAAUUUCACCGAUUUUUACCGCAUCGAAACUGAGAAAUAUGUUCGCCACUGUAGACCGAUGUGCAUCGGAUUUUGUAGAGUUUAUUGAAUCGAACCAACAUGCAAAAGAAAACGUUUUUGAAGCUCUUCGUACUUACAUUUCUGCAUCAAUUAGUGCAUCUGUAUUUGGCAUCAAUUCCACAUCUCAAAAUACAAUGAUAAAUCCAAUUUUAGAUAUCGGCUGGAAUUCAACGGAAUCAGUUAUAGUUUUUAACAUCAAGUUUGCAGUAUCAAAUAUUUUUCCAAAGUUAUUUAAUUUACUUAAUUUAACGACUUUUGGUGAACACAAAGAUUUUAUUGUUGGAUUAAUGAAAAAAGUUUUAAGCAGUCGUCGUUGUAUGACGGCAAAGAGACACGAUUUCAUAGACGCUUGUUUGGAAUUGCAAAAACAAGGUAUGAUGGAAGAUUCUUUGACUGGUUUUAAGCUUGAUGCUACAGAUGAACUAUUAGCAGCACAAGCAUUUUCCUUUUUCGUGGCUGGAGUUGAUACAUCUACAAAUAUGAUAAACUUCACACUACUCGAACUAUCUAACAAUCCAGUGAUCUUGAAGCGACUUCAUAAUGAAAUAGAUAGAAUUUUUGAGUAUUGUAACGAUAAAGUUACGUAUGAGGAUAUACAAAAACUGGAGUAUCUAGAAAUGGUUAUAAAUGAGUCAAUGAGAAAGUAUCCACCGAUAGGGUUGAUGCAGAGAAUGUGUAUGAAAGACACAGUUCUACCCAGUGGAAAUUUAAAAAUUGAAAAAGAUAUGAUAGUUAUCGUACCAAUUUACGGAAUACAUAGAGAUGAUAAAUACUUUAACAAGCCUGAUGUAUUCGAUCCAGAGCGAUUUAGUACUGAAAAUAUUUCAAAAAUAAAUAAAUUAAGCUAUAUUCCAUUUGGGGAAGGAAAUCGUAUAUGCAUAGGGGCAAGAUUCGCGCAUCUUCAAAUUAAGACAGUGCUGGCUUGGUUGUUGCGAAAAUACACAAUGAAGGGCUACAAUUACACCUCGGAAUCCUUUGAACCAAAUUUCUUUGGCAUUCGCGAUUCAAAAGCGCGUUACGAUUUGGUUGCUAGAAAUGAAGUCGAUGACUCAAGGCCCAUCGGAAUUAAUAACAUCCCCGCGCGCGCCGACGACGACUUCGGUGACAGUGACGCUGACAUUUCACGGACACGACAAACCAACAGGCCCAAAGCCAAUGAUGGCGGGCCCUAG